UUGUUAACCGGUUCGAAAUGUCCUUAACCAGCAUUUUCGGUGCUUAUUUUGUUUUUUUCGCCCCGCUCAUAUUAGACGAUGGCAUCGACAAUGGAGGGAAUCGGUUUGCGCAGUCAUCUGUUUUCUGGCGUCGGCGAAAUCCUCCGUCUUCCAUGGAGGGUUCAUGGUUUUACCGGAGGAACUGGCGGUGUGAAAUCCAUGACGGUGACGAUGAGGGAUCGGAGCAAGAACAGGAAGCCAUUGCAGAGAGGUAGGAACCUCAGCAUCGAAGCGAUUCAGGCGGUGCAGGCACUGAAGCGAGCCAAGUCUCCCCCUCCGUCGCCGGAGCUUGAGCGCGUGAUGGAUUCCAAGUUCCGGCGGCUCCUGAAAUUCGAUAUGGUCGCCGUUCUCCGGGAACUUCUCCGCCAGAACGAAACCUGUCUCGCUCUCAAGGUAUUCGAAGAGAUUCAGAAGGAGCACUGGUACAAGCCUCAGGUGAGGUUGUACUCCGACAUGAUAGCUGUAAUGGCGGCAAACGGAUUGCUGGAAAAGGUUGGAUAUUUAUACUCGAGAAUAAAAGCAGAGAAGGGUUUGGAGGCUGUGAUCGAAGGUUUCGAUUCUCUGUUGGAGAUUUUUCUGAAUCAUAAGCAGUUUGAUCUUGCCAUGGACUGCUACGCCUUUAUGCAAUCCAUAGGAAUUGAGCCAGAAAGAUCGUCGUUUAGGAUUCUGGUAAAAGGGCUUGAAUCUAAUGGCGAAAUGGGCUAUUCAGCUGUGGUAAGGCAAGACGCUUAUAGGUAUUAUGGUGAUUCAUUGGAGUUUCUCGAGCAGGCCGGGGAAGAAGUCUCUGCAAUCUGUUGAUCGAAUAUGCAAAAAAAAAAAAAAGACAGAGAUUUGCUGUUUCUGUCUGAACGGAGCAUCUGAUUUCAUCAGACUUGAAUCUCUCCGUAGUUGUAAGAAUUCAUCAAUCUUGAAUCUCUGCGUUCUGAGUGUCAAUGGUAGAACCCUUUUCGGAUUGGUUUCACUGUCGAAUCAGCAAACUGUUCCUGGGAAAUAUACGAGAUGUGUGUGUGUGUAUAUAUAUACGCAUGUCUUUGCAA